AGUAAAAGUUGCUCAAUGUUAAUGUUUGACAAGUAGGAAGAAGGGCCUUGGCUGCCAUAUCUCUAAGUCUUAGACAACACAGCCGCGCUCUUUCAGUUCUCCCUUUGCUCAAGAGUUAGUCUGCUGCUUUGUGAAGGAAUUACAUAUUCAAAUACAGAAAGACACCAUGGAGGUGCUGGUGCUGCUCGACUUCGAGAGCACCAUGGGAGACGAGCUCACAGUGAGGUCGGGGGAGGUGGUCAAAGACGUCACCAAGGCCAGCGAGGAGGGAUGGCUGGAGGGCGAGCUGAGGGGAAAGAGAGGCAUCUUCCCCGCCAACUUUGUCAAGGAGGUGCCAGUCUAUUUGAUAGGUGACAGCAAGAGGGAACCACGAAGCCUUAGAAAAAUCAAGAGGAUGAAGCAGACGAGGAAAUGCGAGGUAGUGUUUGCCUACAGCCCCAUGAAUGAAGAUGAGCUGAGGCUGGAUGUCGGGGACACCAUAGAUAUCAUCAGAGAGAUUGAAGAUGGAUGGUGGAUGGGGGUGAAAAAUGGCAAAGUGGGAGCAUUUCCGUCAAAUUUUGUCAAAGAAAUUUUUGUUUCGCCUAAAGACCACAAUGAGGGCAAGAUUAGACCCAAACUCACUGAGGCGGUCUUCAAUAAGGAGAUAUCUCAAAGGGCAAGUGUGAGAAACAAAGCAAAAAAUGGGGUGGAGUCUUGCCAAGUCAUGUUUGACUACAAGGCCAAAGCGGAGGAUGAGUUGGACCUGAAAAAAGGAGACACUGUUGUGAUACUGAGAAAGGAAACAGAAGAUGAAGGCUGGUGGGAGGGAGAGCUAAACGGACGCUGUGGCUUCUUUCCUGAUAACUUUGUCAUGGUGAUACCACAGAUGGACAGUCUGCAAUCCGGGACUACAAGCCAACCGCCUGCACGCAACGUCGACAAGAAACCCGCAGCGACGACAGACGCCUCAGCGAUGGAGAAAGGUGGCCCAGCAAAGGCAAAAGAUCAUAAACCAGAGGUUAAGGACCUGAGAAGCAAUCCUCCAACCAAAGUCAAGCUGCCAUACAUCAACAAGCCCAGCCCACCUCCAGUCAAAGACAAACCCAACAAGAUUUUGCCUAACAGAACCAACGGUGAUGUGGCUCCUGCCGCACUGAAACAACCGGAGGAGAAGGAGGCCAAUCACUUUGACGGAGUGGACAUUCAGACCGAAAAGCUGAGUCAUCCUACAGCAAACAGAGCCAAACCCCCACAGAGGAGACCACCAUCAGGCCUGGCCGUAGCAGUCCACGCCCAGAGUUCUAGUGACGAGACAGAACCAGAAUUAUCGCCGAAAAAAUUCCAGACUGAGAAAUUACCUGGCUUGCAAAAGAGUACAGAAAACCUCCUGCCAUCACCUGCAGUGCCUGAUCAUCGACCCAAGACGCCGCCUCCUGUUCGACCAGCACCACCCAAAGUUGCUGUGGAUGGCAGAACUGUGACUCACAAAGAGGGGCCGACUGUGGAAAGCCUGCAGGCUGAGCUCAAAGAGCUGAGGAUGGCUGUGGAGCUGCUACAGACACGACACGAGCGAGACAUGCAGGAAGUGAAAGAAGAACUGCGGGAGGAGAGAAACAAACGAAUGGCACUGCAGGAGGAAGUGCAGUGCUUGAAGAUGAAGCAUUAAUCUCAACACAGACUGUGACUGGGCUCCCUGCCUGACGCUGUGACACGCAGGCUCUCGAACUGCAAAUUUAAACAAGACGAACAUUUGUCUUACAUGGAAUGGGUAUGGAGAAGACAAGUGAGCUCUCCGGCUGCAGACACACAAGUGAGGGCUAAAGUAGAAAGCAUAGUUGGACAAAGGAUCAAGCUAAUCCUGCACUGGACCGGAGAAAUUUGAUCCUUCAAAAGACUUUUAAAUGAUGAACUGUUAAAAUCUUUACAUAUUUGAAUGCUGGAAAUCAUAAAUAGUGGUCCUUAGUGGGGCUUGCUUUGUUGCAAAUUAAUGUUUUACACUGUUCUGUUCCAACUGUCACGUUUAUCAUAGGAUUUACUGUACUUUUAACAUUUACAAUUGAUGCCUGAGCAGGACAUGUAAUAUAUGCAGCUGUACAUAGGAGGAAAUAUUGUGAUGUCUUCUACAAAACAUGAAAUAUAAUUUUAAGUCAUGCAAA